AUGAAGACCCGCUUUAGCACCAUUGACAUUCGCGCGGUCCUUGUAGAGUUGAAUGCCAGCUUGCUAGGAAUGAGAGUAAACAAUGUUUAUGAUGUGGACAACAAGACAUAUCUUAUUCGUCUUCAAAAACCCGACUUGAAAGCUACACUUGUGAUAGAAUCUGGCAUACGAAUUCACACAACAGAGUUUGAGUGGCCUAAGAAUAUGAUGCCGUCCAGUUUUGCUAUGAAGUGCCGAAAACAUUUGAAGAGUCGAAGAUUAGUCAGUGCCAAACAGCUUGGUGUGGAUAGGAUUGUAGAUUUUCAGUUUGGAAGUGAUGAAGCUGCUUAUCACUUAAUCAUUGAGCUCUAUGACAGGGGGAACAUUGUUCUUACAGAUUAUGAGUACCUAAUUUUAAAUAUCCUACGGUUUCGAACUGAUGAGGCAGAUGAUGUUAAGUUUGCUGUUCGAGAACGAUACCCAGUUGAUCAUGCUAGAGCUGCUGAACCUUUACUUACCUUGGACAGACUGACUGAAAUAAUAGCCAGUGCACCUAAGGGGGAACUACUGAAGAGAGUGCUUAAUCCCUUACUUCCCUAUGGACCAGCUCUUAUUGAACACUGUCUUAUAGAAAAUGGUUUCUCUGGCAAUGUCAAAAUAGAUGAAAAAUUUGGAAGUAAAGAUAUUGAAAAAGUACUUGCUUGUCUGCAGAAAGCUGAAGAUUAUAUGAAAACAACAUUCAGCCACUGUGGAAAGGGUUAUAUCAUUCAGAAGAGAGAAGUAAAACCACGCCUUGAGAUAGAUAAGCCAGUGGAAGACAUACUUACGUAUGAGGAAUUUCAUCCAUUUUUGUUUUCUCAACAUUUACAAUGUCCAUAUAUAGAAUUUGAAUCAUUUGACAAGGCUGUGGAUGAAUUUUAUUCCAAGAUCGAAGGUCAGAAAAUAGACUUGAAAGCUUUACAACAGGAAAAACAAGCAUUGAAGAAGUUAGAUAAUGUCCGAAAGGAUCAUGAAAACAGAUUAGAAGCUCUUCAGCAGGCUCAGGAAAUAGAUAAACUUAAAGGAGAACUCAUAGAAAUGAACCUGCAAAUAGUUGACAGAGCCAUUCAGGUAGUUCGAAGUGCGUUAGCCAACCAAAUCGACUGGACAGAAAUUGGAUUAAUUGUGAAAGAAGCCCAAGCUCAAGGAGAUCCUGUUGCAAAUGCAAUCAAAGAAUUAAAGUUACAAACAAAUCAUGUUACAAUGUUGCUAAGAAAUCCAUACUUGUUGUCAGAGGAGGAAGAUAAUGAUGUUGAUGGAGACAUUGAUGUUGAGAAAAAUGAAACUGAACCACUGAAAGGAAAAAAGAAAAAGAAUAAAAACAAACAGUUGCAGAAGCUACAGAAAAAUAAACCCUUACUUGUUGAUGUUGAUCUCAGCUUGUCAGCCUAUGCCAAUGCCAAAAAGUAUUAUGAUCACAAGAGAUAUGCUGCUAAAAAGACACAGAAGACUGUUGAAGCUGCUGAGAAGGCAUUCAAAUCAGCAGAAAAAAAAACAAAGCAAACUCUAAAAGAAGUCCAAACAGUAACUUCUAUUCAAAAAGCAAGAAAAGUUUAUUGGUUUGAGAAAUUUCUGUGGUUCAUUAGCUCAGAAAACUACUUAAUUAUAGGGGGACGAGAUCAGCAACAAAAUGAAAUAAUUGUGAAAAGAUACUUAACAUCAGGUGACAUUUAUGUACAUGCUGAUCUUCAUGGUGCAACCAGCUGUGUAAUUAAAAAUCGAACAGGAGAACCAAUUCCACCUCGGACUUUAACUGAAGCCGGUACUAUGGCUCUUUGCUAUAGUGCUGCUUGGGAUGCACGAGUUAUCACUAGUGCUUGGUGGGUGUACCAUCAUCAGGUGUCCAAAACAGCACCAACUGGGGAAUAUCUGACGACUGGAAGCUUCAUGAUAAGAGGAAAAAAGAAUUUUCUCCCUCCUUCAUAUCUAAUGAUGGGAUUUAGCUUCCUCUUUAAGGUAGAUGAGUCUUGUGUUUGGAGACACCGGGGUGAACGAAAAGUCAGAGUGCAGGAUGAAGAUAUGGAGACACUGACAAGUUGCACAAGUGAACUUACAUCAGAAGAAAUGGAACAACUAGAUGAAGGUGACAGUAGUAGUAGUAGUGAAGAAGAUAAAGAAGAAUCCCAUGAAACUGCUGUAGAAGUCCAACUCAUGACUCAGGCUGACCAAGAGAAUAUUACUGUUCAGAGUGGUGGAGAUAAUCCCAAUGAGGAACAGAUUCAGGAGGAAAGUCUGGGAGCUGAAGAUGAGUCUAAAGAAGUAGUGAAAGAUAAAGAGCCAGUUGGUGAAACAAAGGAUGAAGAAGAGGAGAUACUAAAUUAUCCUGACACUACCAUUGAUUUGUCUCAUCUUCAGUCUCAAAGGUCACUCCAAAAAUUGGCUUCAAAAGAAGAUUCAUCUAAUUUGGGUGACAGUAAAUUACAGAGCCGGAGACAUCUGUCAGCCAAGGAAAGAAGAGAAAUGAAGAAGAAAAAACUUACCAAUGAUUUAGAAGAAACAGAGGGAAAAGACAAAGAAAAAGAAAGUGCUCCACACACUGAGACUCAUCAGAAUACAGGCAAAACUGCUCCAGUUGGGCAGCCAGUGAAGCGAGGACAAAAGAGUAAAAUGAAAAAAAUGAAGGAAAAAUAUAAAGACCAGGAUGAAGAAGACCGUGAACUUAUCAUGAAAUUGCUGGGUUCUGCAGGUUCAAACAAAGAUGAAAAAGGGAAGAAGGGAAAGAAAGGAAAAACAAAAGAUGAACCUGUAAAGAAGCAGCCCCAGAAACCCAGAGGUGGGCCAAGGAGUACCGAAUUCAUUAAGAAAGAAACGCCCUCUGUGGAGGUUCUAACUCCCGAGCUAAAAGACUUGACGGUUGAUGACCUACAUGAUGACAAGGAAGAGCAAGAUAUGGAUCAACUGGGAAAUGAGGAAAAUCUAUUUGAUUCUUUGACAGGGCAGCCACAUCCUGAAGAUAUUCUCCUGUUUGCUAUUCCAAUAUGUGCCCCUUACACUACCAUGGCAAACUAUAAAUAUAAAGUGAAACUUACUCCUGGUGUUCAGAAAAAAGGAAAAGCUGCAAAAACAGCCUUGAAUAGUUUCAUGCAUUCCAAAGAAGCAACAGCAAGAGAAAAAGAUUUAUUCCGCAGUGUAAAGGACACAGAUUUAUCAAGAAAUAUUCCUGGCAAAGUGAAAGUAUCUGCACCCAAUCUUCUGAAUGUAAAAAAGAAAUAG